UAAAGUUAAGGUGAUGAGUAGAUCGAAGUUGAGCUCAGCUUGUUGUGCUGUGGGAUGCAAUCUGACAUCUGGAACAAACGCCUUGACAAAAAUAAAAAUGUUUCGGUUUCCUAAAGACAAGACGAGACGGCAAGAAUGGAUUACCGCUGUGCGAAGAGAGGCUUGGCUGCCAAGCAAGAAUUCAAGGAUCUGUAACACGCACUUCGUUACAGGUGCACCAUCAGUGGACCCAUGCCAUCCUGAUUAUGUUCCAUCAAUAUUCACAUACAAAAACACCACUGAUGGUUCACGGAAGUUGGAGCGAUACCAGAGGAGUCAGAGGAGAUCAUCUGUGGUUGAGCCCAUGGAUUCAACUUCCUUAGAGGUCACACAGACUGACCCUGAAGAAGGAUGCACUGCUGUGGGUACAGAUCUGUCAAUGGCAGAUACUGACCAGCUACAGAAUGAAAACAUUGAAUUAAAAAGAAAAAUGGCUUCACUGGAGAAGAAACUGGAAUCUCAAGAAAAACAAAUACAAAAUCAUAUGUUCGUCAGUCUGUCUGAUUUUAUUUUAAAUGAUGACAAGCACACUCAUUUUUACACAGGUCUACCAUCUACUUCUGUGUUUUUCACCCUCCUCACUUACCUGACAGCAAUAUGGAAUGCAUCAUCAACAAUACUUACCCUUCCCGAGCAGUUUCUUGUGGUCCUGAUGAAGCUUCGUCUAGGCUUAACUCAUCAAGACCUAGUUUUUCGAUUUAAAAAUGAGUUGUGGAAUUGUCUCAAACAUCUUUCAUGAAUGGCUCGGUGUGAUGGCUAAAGAAUUACAAUGCCUUGUCCGGUGGCCAUCCAGAAAAGAAAUCAGAAGAAAUCUUCCCACCCUCUUCAAGACUACAGGUUUCAAUAAAGUUAGAUGUAUAAUAGACUGUACUGAAGUGUUCACUGAGAGGCCAACUAGUUUGCAAGCAUGAGCAAUCACAUACUCCCACUACAAAUCACAUAAUACUGUGAAGUUCCUUGUUGGUAUUAGUCCAACAGGGACUAUUACAUUUUUGUCAAAAGUCUGGGGUGGUCGUGCUAGCGACAAAGUUAUAACUAAAAAUUCUGGAUUGAUUAACCUUCUUGAACAAGGAGACCAUGUAAUGGCUGAUAGAGGCUUCAAUUUUCCUGAAUAUUUUGCAAACAAAUGUGUCCGUUUUCAUGUACCAGCAUCUACAAAAGGAAGAAAACAAUUGAGAGGAUUAGAGGUGACACACUCUAGAAAAAUGUCACGAGUGAGAAUCCAUGUGGAAAGGGCCAUAGGAAAAUUGAAGUCAUUCAGAAUUCUGCGGAACACCCUGCCAGUCAGUAUGGUCAAACGGAGAAAUGAUAACAGUCUUUGCACAAUAGAUAGAAUAAUAAUUGUUUGUGCAGCACUUUCAAAUUUGGGGAAACCACUUGUACCAAAAUAAAGCAAGACUGAACCACAACUUCAUUUGAUACGAGAUCACUUUUUUUAUUACAUAUUUUAAAAUGUCAAAAACAUGCAUUAUAAUAUUUCUAAUGUUGCACUUGUAUCACAGUGUUUCACAUGGAUUGUAAAUAAAAAAUGAAAUUAUAUACUACUUAGUAAUGAACACUAACAAACACUGAUUAACUGAUUUAUUGACUGAUGAAUAAAGUACUAUAGAAUAAGA